AGUGUAUUGUACAAUGAAAAGGGAUUACAUCGCAUUAUGUCCGUCAGGUCAUAGUUUUUACACGGUUAUAUUUGGUGAAGUCGUGCGUGGCGAGUUAUGCAACAUUUGGUGUAAAAGCGCCCCAUAAUAAGACGUCCAGAUAUUGUGACAUCUGACCUACUUAGACGAUUCUAACUGCCUGCAAACACGAGGGAACUAGGGAAUCUUUCGGAAAUUGCGUCUUUCCGUGAUACAUUAUUGGAACACAGUGCCGUGACUAGCAAAUUCUGGUACCCACUAAAACCUCGCUCGAUACGUUCCUUCUCUCAAAAUACUUUCCCUUUUGUUAUUGUUCGAUGUGGUACAAUUGAAAGUAAACAGUUGGAAGAUUAUUCCAAUGUUCGAGGCUUCAUACAUUAAAUUUCGCCGAGCUCUUUCUACAUCAUGUAGCGUGUACGAGAUCGGUAUAGUUAAUAUUUUCCCUUUCGUUAUCCACUGCCGUGCCUAUGAAUGGUAAAAUUGGGCGCAAAUUAAAUGGUUAACUCAUUCUUACAAGACAGAUGUAUCAUACCAUAGUAAAAAUUAACAUUCUUCGAUUUUUAUUUUAAACCGAACAAUCGACUCUUUUAUCUAUGAUUAUUCAAAUUUAUAACUUUUUAACGCCUAAUCAACUAGUAUCUUUUAAUUUUGUUCAAAAUUACAAUUGCACACUCGUCGAAGCAUUUAAUUCGAUAAAGCGAAAUAAUAGCAUUGAAUAACAACAUUCGUAAUUCAAUAAAGCGAAAUAACAUUUUUAAAAAUUAAUGAGUCAAAAAUUAAACUUUCCUUAUAAUACGAGAUUACGUUUUAUAUCUCUAAUGUUCAAGGCUCAUUAAAACAAAGCCAAUUAACGCGUACAUCGCAGAUCAAAAAGGGAAUGUAAAAGAAUUCGCAUUACAUUUUUUCGAGUUUUGAUCUCAUAAAUAUAACGCGCCUAAUUUUGCCUCGAUCGUUCUAAUUAAACCUUGACUGCCGAUUGAAUUAAACGCGUAUGACACGUUGAGAAAAGACUUGGAAACGUACGUUAAUAGAUGUAUAGAAAUGGCAAGAAUCGCAACAAGGUGGGCGACGGAAAGCGUGAUUUGGGCGCGCGGUACCGAUAAAGAGAAUCGACGGCGGGCACCGGCGCUAAGCACACGGUCCUGGAACUCGUGCUGUCAGAGCGCAACGGUGCGCCGGACGCUCGCUUGACUAAGGGAGUGCCCGUCCCGAUGCAAAGUGUAAGUGAAGUGGCCUACAGACCUACAUUUGUCUAACGUUCGAUUUUUUUCGAGCCGGCGGACAGGAGGUUAAUAAUCCGCGCGGGGCUCAUUUUUCCGCGGGCGUGUGUGAUGUCGCUGUUAUGUGAUAUACUGAUGUUUGGUUGAAAGAGACGGUGUAGUUUCGGUACGCUCAGACGGCGCUGGCCGGCGCGGGGAGCGUAGUAGUAAAAAGAGAGGAGGACAGCAAGAGCGUGCGCACACGAGGAGAAAGAGAGAAAGAGACAGAGAGGGAACGUAUACAGAGAGAGGAAUAAAGAAGGAAGAAAAGCGAGCGCGCGCGGUUCCGUUGGUUAGACAAAGAGGAAGGGAAACGGGACAGACAGAUAGAUAGACGGGGGUAAGAAAGAGAGCGAGGGCACGUAAGAGAGUGUGUAGGUGUUUCGAGAGAAGUGCGUGCGCUCGAGGACGACGUGCAGGAGGAGGGACCCCCGUCUGUCUGUCUGCUGGAAUGCACGAGGGCCGAAUGGCUACAGGGGCAGGGGAAGGUGGGGGCCACACGGCCCUCGAGAACACCACCGCGACGGCCCUUACGGAAUCAUCGUCGUCAUCCUCCUCCUCCUCGGUACCGACGAUUCUCGCCGAAAACAAUACCUCGACUAACCUACCUUUGCCGGGACCUCAACAACAGACCCUUCAUCAGGUACAACAGCAACAGCAAACUCAACAACAACAACAACAACAACAACAGCAAACGCACUCACGACCACCGAUCAACUUGGUCACUGAUCUGCCAGCGAAUGAUACAUCAGAUAUACCCGUUGGAGAGAGGGGAGAGCCAACCGGGCAUGGAUCAAAAAGGAAGACAUCCUGCAGUCCGUGUUUUUCGCGUUCGCCGCCCGUGAUCGUUGUCGUCUUUGCUGCUGUGAUAUACGUGACGUGUGCCGUGUCUCGCGAGACGGUCUCCCAACUCUACCUACGUCCAUGUAUCGCCGGUAGGGCGGCAGAGGGGAGGGAGCGGGCCCUUCGGGAAAGCAACGAGGCGAGAAGACAACUAGUCGUACGCAGAUAGCCGCGCUGUCAAGUCGCACGAUACGGGAACUCCAAACGUUCUUUCCAUUUCUUACUCUCGCUCUCUCUGUUUGUGUGUGUCUACUUGUUCCGGACUUUAGACACCGUUGUAUAUUUUUUCGACUUUUCGCACGUUACGGGUAUUCAGUUGGAUUGCAGUGUGUGCGUGUUCUCCUGAUAGCCGGCUUAUUUAUCCAAUUACGUCCGUGUCGAUUAUUUUGUGUCAAAACGCCGCGAUCAAAACUUGAUCUCGCAUCCGCGCAUGUGCGAUCACUCGGUAACGCUACCGGCGAUUCGCGUGCCCGGUGAAACAACGAUUCGAUUGUCUUGCUCGCACUGUGAUCCUAGUCGAUACGAUCAUCCCCCGUCUCGCGACUUCCACGGUCAGUUUAAACCUCAUGUGUGCUUGCUGUUGUUUCGUGUCUCGUUGUAAAAGCUGGAUUUAUCAGUGACCACGCUGCCAAAGGAUAGAAAAAGGAUAGAAAAAAGGGACGUUACAGUGGUUUUGUUGUUUCGCGAGUAACACGAAUGCAACAGUGACAGCUGAGAAUUUUUUCUUUUUCACGCAACACACACAGACCCACGUUUCGUCACAUUUUUUACGAUGGUUCGGACGUAGUACGCACGACCGAAACAGGAUUUACUUUCUGCGGUGGUGCGCGAUGGUUUUCUUUAUGAACGUGUGCCGUAGAAAAACGUGACUGGUGAUCGAUAUUGUACGUGCCAAGGGAAUAUAGUGUGUUUUCUUUCGGGCUUAUGCUUUCCACUUCAUCGUUGUCGUCAUCGUCGUUGUGCUUGUCGUUGUAUCGUCAUUUUUACCGACAACAUCGUACACAGUCGUUGGUACCGUAGCAUACGAGAGUACCACGACCUUGCACGACGUACACCGUUACCGCUUCUUAAAGGGGGCAGCCUAACCAAUAAACCGAUAAACCGCCGUUGUUCUGUCGCAUACACACCAGCCGCGAAAAAGAAAUAAAAGAAAAAGUAAGAGAAGAAAGAAAAAAAAA